GAACAGAAGGGGGAAGAGAAGGGAGAGAGAAGCGGCGCGGGGUACGGCAGCAGCCAUAACGCCGGAUUCUAGAAGCACACACUGGAAGGGGUGUAGCGGAGAGAGCGCGGAGUCCGGAGUCACGUGACAGGUUUUUUCGGCAAUACAGUGGAUACAAUUUAUUAUGGCUCUUCUGAGUGUUAUAGGUUCAAGUUCACUUAUUGCCUACAUUGUAUUCCAGAAUAUACAGAAAUCUCCAGAGAUGAGACCACUUUUUUUUCUGAGCUUCUCUGACCUCCUUCUGGGAAUAUACUGGCUCAUUGAGACACUUCUCUAUGGAACUUCAGUGGCCAAUAAGGACAUUGUUUGCUAUAACCUACAAGCAGUUGGACAGAUACUCUACAUUUCCUCAUUUCUCUACACCAUCAAUUACAUCUGGUAUCUGUACAAAGAAAUGAGGGUGAAACACAACCAGAGUGGACAGAGCACAUUUCCACUGGUUAUAGAUUAUACUUGUCGACUUGGCCCAAUAGCCAUUGUUUUUUCAAGCCUGAUACCUGUGCUUUUGAUGAUUCCUGUAUUCUGUUUGGGCAAUGCUAGGGAAUGUUUCUGCAACUUCAGCCAGAGCCACAGGUGUAUCCUGAUGUACUCACCACCAUCAGCCAUAGCUGAACUCCUGCCUUUUGCCAACAUAUCAGUCUGUAGCACACUUUACUUUUAUCAGCUCAUAACUUUCCUGGCCAGCUUUCUACUCAGCCUCUUCAUCAUUGUGGUCUUACUCAUCCAAGCCCAGACACUGUACAAGAAGUUUCUGAAAUCGACGGGCUUUCUGGGGAGUGAACAAUGGGCAGUGAUUUAUAUUAUGGAGCAGCGAGUGUGCUUCUACCCAGUGGCCUUCUUUUGCUGCUGGGGCCCAGCUGUCAUUUUGGUGAUCAUAAAGUUGACUAAGCCACAGGACACCAAGCUUCACCUGGCCCUCUAUGUUCUCCAGGCUCUAACAGCAUCAUCCCAGGGUCUGCUCAACUGUGGAGUAUACAGCUGGACACAGUACAGAUUCUACCAAGUAAAGCAAGAGGCCCGGCAUGAUGCAGACACCCAGACACCAUUAUUAUGCUCACAGAAGAGAUUCUAUAGCAAGACCCUAGAUCCACUGGAAUCUACCUUUGCUUUUACUACCAGCACCUCCACCAUUCUUUGAAACUAUAAUACUGGAGUAUCCAGGAAUUGGAAUUAUUCCACACUAAUGGACUGGGAGGUGUUAGGAUACAACAUUUAAGUCUUUCCCAACCAUGCCUUAAACUGUGGAAGUGAAAGUGAAUAUAAUGUCAUGGUUAGUAGCUAUUCUAGGUGAAUUGGGCAGGAUCUCUGUUAUUCGCAGAUUCACUAGUGAUUCUUAAAGUCUUUGUUCAGAGAGAUGGGGUCACUUCCCAUCUUAAGAGAUAGACUAAUAUUACCUUGGUGAAUAUUAGAUUUGUAUAAGUCUCUUCUAGAAAAAAAAUAAAUUCCAGGUUAUUUCCAGGUUCUCUACUCCAUUGUUGUGGGUGAAGUAGGGUGGCAUUCCUCAACUUGCUCAGAUCUUGCCAUUGCUUUUACUCUGUCUGAGGAUGGACAAGAUAAGUCCUAGGUUUCUCUUCUUUGAAGAGUUUUGGAAAAUCAGAAGAAGCAAGAAAAACUGUCAAAAACUGACAAAAAAUUGACUAGUCUUCUUUAUGUUCAGUGCUGUUUUUGUCUCUUGACAAUAGGGACCAUUCUGCUCUAGAAAUUAACGCCAAUCUUUUGAAGUCACAGGGAUGAUAACAGUUAAUAGAAAACAGGACUAAAAGGAACUGUAGGAAUCAAGAACUCUCAACUCUCAUUUCCAAGCAGAAGUACAAGGUAGGUUUCAUAGUGCCUGGAUAUAGAAUUGGGUUAAACUAUAUGAACUUGCCAUUUUGAAGAUGGUCCAAUUUAAUCAGUUUUACAUAGUUCAGCUUAGCAGUAAGCACUAAAUAUAUGUUUAUAGAAUAAAUAAAUAAACAAGUGAAUGAAUGACUAAUAAGUAGAAUUUGAAUCUUUUAGGAAAGAUUCCCAGACCGCAGAGCCUCAUUCUUAGGUAAGAAUUUCUAAUCUGUUUUUUCCACUUUAAUCACAUAAUAAGUAAUAUUUUAUCUCUCCAGUUAUGUUAGGAACAAGCCCAGUCUCGGGCCUCAUGGCAUCAGAUACAAUAAUGACAAAAUGAAGGGGAAAUGAAUGGACAAAGUGAAUGGAAUGAUAAAUCAGCUAAAACAUCUGGAAUUAAUAACCAGAUGCUUCUAACCUGAUAAAUUCCCUUGGUCUGUCCAAGGCAAAAUUGUUAAGAUUAGAGGAAAUUGAGAGUAGAUUAUAAUGAGGAAUUAGAAAGGAUACUCUGAGAAGUUAAGUUACAGAGAUCUUUCCAAGGAGCUCUCUAUAGACAUGAGGGAGUUCAGUAAUAGUUCUUUAGAUUUUAGGCCAUGCGCUUCAGCUUUACUGUGGAGGGUAACCUGCGCUCAUUCUGUCAAGAUCACAUCUUGAGGCCUCUCACUGCCUCAAAGGUCUGAAGACCUAAUUUCUAGGUAGCACAGAACAUGAAAGAUUGCCUCACCUAGGGAGCUGCUUCAACUUCUUUUAAUUUAAAAUAAGCAUUUAGCAUAUAAAAAGACAGAUGGAAGCAAGGAAGAACUGUCAUUUUCAUAGACCUUGAGGGACAGCAGAACUAGGGAAUUUAAUUCUUAAAAUGUCCUUUCAGUAUCUCUUCAUAUUUGGCAUUAUUGCCAAAAGGUAAUUAGUUUUUAAAUGUUUAUCAGGUUUGUUCAUUUUGCUUCUUUGAUGAAUUUUUGCAAUGACACAGGUCUUAGAUCUUCUUUGGAUGUAGGCAGAAAGUAGGAAUGAGAAAUAAUAAAAGCCUAGGCAAGACCCAGGUUAAGAUUAUCAGCUUUUCAUCAUACAGAAGGAACACAUGGAUCUGGGUCACCAUUCAGACUGCCUCUAUAAUCCUUAAAUUCCACAUGUAAGAGGAGCACAGACAUAAAUAUACAAUGGCAGUUCUUAAAAUUGUUGGAAAUACCCAUCCCAUGAGACUUGUCCGGGUUAUAGAAUGGAGUACAGUGGUAACUAAGCAGGUUUGAUUGAAUACAGAUCUGCUGUGGACUACAUUGGGUACCUCCCUUCACCUCCCCAUUAUCAGCCCUAUCUAUGGCUUCACAGAACUCUGCACUCCAACACCUUGUGUCCUCCAUGGGGAACUAGGUAAGUGUUGGAUGUUUUUCAAUGCAUGGGAGCCCUUGAGUGCUUUUACAUAGCAGCCUCCCACCUUUUACAUCUUUGGCCUUGCACUUGAUAAAAACCCUUAAACAUCCUGUAGAUUCACUGCCACAGUUUCCAAACCUGUCCCCCUUGGUAUUCAUGUAGUAAUAGCAGCUUUCCCAGGAAACUGUUUCUUUCCUGAAUAUUUUAACACACUGAAUCUCCAGGCUUCUGCAGUGGCCCUGCUAACAAUAACUUUAUUCUUUGCAUGGGGUGCCAUCUCGCUUGUAGGUACCUGGCAUCACUUGGAGGUGACAUUACAGUACUCUGGGAGGUUACACUCAUCCACACUGAGGUAGCAGGGUGUGGCUGCCUUUAGAAAUUUGCGGUUUUUGCAGCAGGAUCCAAUGGACAGUCUUAAUCUUUCUUCAGCUGGCAAGAGGGCAGACAACAGUGAUCCUUUUGACAAUCAAGGACACUGCCACAAUCACAUUCUUCUCCUUUAUCACUGUCUUAGUCCCACAAUAUGGCUCUCCAAAGGAACUUUGGAGCUCAGGCUUAUUAAACAGGCAAGUCCCCUCUCUGCUUAUACCGGAGCUGGUAGAAGUAGUGCAAGCUGCAGCUGUUAAAGCCCAUGUCUACCAUAAGAUAUUCAGGCAUAGUGUUGGGGGUUGAGUUUGUUCUCCUCAGUUCCUGUCCCCACUACAACAAAGAAUUGAAGGGCAGAGACAAAGCAAUGAAGCAAAGUACAAGUUUUAUUUGAAUACACUCCAAGGGAGGAACAGGCCAGAGUCAAGGUAGAUGAAGGCUGGUUGAUUUGAAUAAAUCAGAGGAGAAGGGGAAGCUCACUGACAAAAACUUGCAAGCUCAAAUCAGAGCUCUCAGUAGCCUCUCCCUACUUACCUGAAGUAGGACAGAAAGAGUGAAGACUCAUGCAAAAACAGAAUGAAAUAGCAAAGUGACAAAGACACCACUGAAGAGCACAGAGACAAAAUGUGGUAAGCUGAGAAGUGUAAGAAGUCUUUUAAAAAUACACACUCCAAGAAAGGGGAAUGCAGGCAACCUCAGAGAGGAGGCACAUUUAAGGGCUUAGGAUUCAGUCUUUUAAGGCUUCAAGAAUGGAAUAAAGAUAAAGGGUUAGGGGGGCAUAGGCUUUUCAUGCAGGUCUCAUGACGUCUAUCUCCAGUGAGAGACAAUAUGUCAUUAUCCAUAGUCAGUCUUCCAGAUAAUUCUGUAGGAUAAACUUCCUAUUCUUCUCCAAGAUAGUGGCUAUCCCCAAACACUGGGAACAUAUCAGUUAGACUGCUUGCCUCGCUUUAAGAUAAGUUGUUGACUGAUUACCAAAGAUAUGCCAGGAAUCUAACCCCAAUUCUCUUUCAAAAUGAAAUCUUAGCCUUAAGAUAAAUCCCUUCUGUUCUUAUUUUGCUAUUCAAAUCUUGACAUUUUUUAAGAAAAAUUAAUCAUGAUGCUUGUCCCAUGUCUCUUUCCUAUCUCACCUGCAUUAGCUAGAGCAAGCCUCAAGGUCAACCCA